GACUUUUCGCGCUUCGGUUCACACUUUCAAAUUUGCAGAGGUUCUAGGGUUCGGUUCAAACAUUGGAGAGGGCAACAAUGGUGACCCAAGAAGCUCGACACUCCGAUGCGAUCGAUCCUCUUGCUGCUUAUUCUGGUAUCAAUCUCUUUUCGAGCGCAUUUGGUACUUUGCCGGAUCCGUCAAAGCCACAUGAUCUUGGAGCCGACCUCGACGGCAUCCACAAGCACCUCAAAUCCAUGGUGUCAAGAAGUCCCAGUAAACUUAUAGAGCAGGCCAGAUCAAUUUUAGACGGCAACUCAAAUUUGAUGCAAUCUGAAGCUGCCACAUUUCUUGUAAAGAAUGAGAAAAAUGAGGAAGCUACAGUGAAGGCGGAGGAAAAUCCACAAGAAAGAAGGCCAGCUUUAAACCGAAAGCGGGCUAGGUUCUCUUUAAAACCUGAUGCUAGACAACCUCCUGUGAACUUGGAACCAACAUUUGACAUCAAACAAUUGAAAGACCCUGAGGAGUUCUUUUUGGCCUAUGAAAGGCAUGAAAAUGCCAAAAAAGAAAUCCAAAAGCAGACGGGAGCAGUUCUGAAGGACCUGAACCAACAAAAUCCAUCCACGAAUACACGCCAGCGUAGACCAGGGAUUCUAGGGAGAUCUGUUAGAUACAAGCAUCAGUAUUCAUCAAUAACAACUGAAGAUGAUCAGAAUGUAGAUCCUUCUCAAGUGACAUUUGAGUCAGGUGGUAUCAGUCCACCAGUAAUGGGAACAGAAACACACCCAAGUCCACAUAUAAUUGACUCAAAUAACAAAACUGAUGAAGAUGUAGCAUUUGAGGAGGAGGAGGAGUUCGUUGCUUCAGUUACCAAGGCAGAGAACAAAGUGAAUAAAAUUUUGGAUGAAUUACUCUCUGACAAUUGUGGAGAUCUAGAAGGUGAUCGAGCCAUCAACAUAUUACAGGAGUGCUUGCAGAUUAAACCCUUUAAUUUAGAGAAAUUAUGCCUUCCCGAUUUAGAAGCCAUUCAAACAAUGAAAUUGAAAUCUUCAAGUGGCAAUCUGUCAAAGCGUAGUUUGAUCAGUGUGGUCAAUCAGUUACAAAGGAUAGAAACUUUGAAAUCUAAGCAGGACGAUGAAAAUUUGGUCAAUCCUCUUUCUCCCCCAUCCUCAAUCAGAAGUCCAUUGGCAUCAUUAUCAGCCCUAAAUAGACGAAUUUCACUUUCAAAUUCAUCAGGUGAUCCAUUUUCAGCUCAUGGCAUUGACCAAUCUCCAGCAAGAGAUCCUUACCUUUUUAGACUCAAUAAUAACUUGUCUGAUGCAGCUGGUAUUGCAGAGCAGUCAAGUGUUUCUAAAUUGAAGUCACUUUUAACCAAAGAUGGCGGGACUGUAGCAAAUGGAAUUAAGCCAUCCAAAAUUCUUUUUGAAGACGUUGAUUCAAUGUCUAAAAUAUCUUCAAGUUAUGUUUUAAAUGUACCCGAAGUUGGUUGUGAAACUGUCUUAAGUGGAACUCAUGUCAGCAUGGAAGCUAAAGAUGUUAGUGGCGGCAGCAUAGAAGUGGAAGUAAAUGAAAAAUUGAGUUGUCUUGAAGUCCAAGUAGAUGAUGUGGCUAAUAUGCAGAUGGAAGAUCACGAAGGAUCAGCUUCCGAGCAACCAAACUCAUCCAAGGUGGAUCUGAUCAAAGAAUACCCGGUUGGCAUUCAGAGUCAGUUGGAUCAAUCAACUGCUAUUUGUAUUGAAAAUAUUGCUGAUGGGCCAUCGAGAAGCAGUGGAACGGAUCACCACUAUGAGAUGGAAGAUCACAAAGGAUCAGCUUCUGAGCAGCCAAACUCAUCCAACGUGGAUGUGAUCAAAGAGUACCCAGUUGGCAUGCAGGGUCAGUUGGAUCAACCAACUGCUACUUGUACUGAAAAUAUUGCCGAUGGGCCGUCUAGAAGCAGUGGAACGGAUCACCUCAAUGAGGAACAGGCCAAGCCAAAAUCUCGUGCAAACAAACAAUGCAGAGGCAAAAAGAUUUCUGGGAGGCAAAGCCUUGCAGGGGCCGGUACAACGUGGCAAGGUGGGGUGAGAAGAAGUACCAGGUUCAAAACACGACCAUUGGAGUACUGGAAAGGUGAAAGGUUGUUGUACGGACGUGUACAUGAGAGUCUAGCAACAGUAAUCGGGUUGAAGUAUGUAUCUCCUGCAAAAGGAAAUGGCCAACCAAUAAUGAAGGUGAAGUCUUUAGUCUCCAAUGAGUACAAAGAUCUCGUUGAGUUAGCAGCUCUUCACUGAGGGUCGUGUACAAAAAGGAACAAAAAUCCUUUAUGCUUUUUGGAUUUUGCAUGUAUAACAAGCAAUUCUCUUUGAAUAUAAGUAGCGUCUAGUCUCUGUGGAAAGAGUGUAGAAAAUUAGGGUUAUGCCAUUGCGUUGUAUAUUUCUUCGCCCUUCUUAAUCAUAUAUAUAUCUAUCAAGCCGUUUCACUUGUGUGUUUUGCUCAUGUACUUGUGUCAUAUGAUUUCAUAUUUUACCCAUCGACAUGUAGCUUUCUGUACCAA